AUGCGCUGCCUGCUGCGCCCCCAGAAGAUCAUCCGCGGCGCGAUCACAGAGAGAGAGAGAGAGAGAGAGAGAGAGAGAGAGAGAGUGUGUGUGUGUGUGUGUGUGUGUGUGUGUGUGUGUGCGAAAUUAAAAAUUUUUCAGGCAAUUUUUGGGUCAGAGGUAGACGUGAAACGCAGCAAACGAAAUCAAAUUGACGCCCUCUCUCUCUCUCUCUCUCUCUCUCUCUCUGCGGCGGCGGCGGCGGCGGUCCCCUCUCUCUCUCUCUCCCGCCGCCUCCUGUCUGCUGGCAACUUUGUCUGCUGGCUGCUGGCUGCUGUCUGCUCUGCGCCGUCGUGCCUGCGGGGAUCCAAACCAGCAGGAUGGACGACACGCGUACGGCGCUUCCAUAUGCAACAAUUCACCAUCAAGGCCACCGAGCUUCUGAGCAAGCCUGAGCGCCAGGUGCUCAUGGACUUGUUGGCUGAACUCAAGCGCUCCCAAUCCGUACCGCGUUUUGUCAACGGGCUCGUGCACGUGCUGGAGACCCCUGCCAAGCUCGAUCUUUUACGCUGGCUUCGCGAAGUGAUUCCCACCCGCAAUGACCUGCGAAAGGAGUUUGACGAACUGGCCCCUUAUGAGCGUAUGGCCAACCCCAUCUCAGCCAAGGAUCUCCAAGACCUCACCCAGCUCCGUGGGGCCAUCCUCCACAAGCAGCAUCACAAAUCCUUUGGCAUGCACAUUCGGGGUGGUAGUGAAAUGGCUGUACGCACGGCCUGCCUCAUGGACUUGGCUCCCUGCGGGCGCUUUGCUAUCUCAGGCGUAGGCAUCUUUAUUGCGGCCAUCUAUACGGGCCGAUUUCCCGUCAAGCAUGCAACCCAAGAAGCCAUCAUGUGGCAGCCUACCAAGACUCUCCAAAUGCGCCUCGAAGGCACGGCAUCUUCAAGCUCUUCGACUGACCAAAGCGCCUUGGAGCGCCAUGUCGAGAUGACGCGCAGCGAACAUGGCUUUGGUUUUAACCUUCGUGGAGGCGCUGAAUAUGGCUUGCCUUUGGUUGUCUCACAGGUGACUCGCGGCUCACCUGCCCAGCAAUCAGACCUACGCGUCGGUGAUGUCAUUUUAACAAUCAACAACCGGGAUAUGAAUGGCAUGAGCCACAAUUCGGCCGUACGCAUUGUGCAAGGUACUCGCACCCUCGCUAUGACGGUGCAAAACGGUGGCCGCGUGCCCCGCACGCGUGUGCAUCACGAGACCCUCAAGUGGGAAUCUCCCACGGACGAAAUGGACAGGCUGGUGCCUGAUGAGGUCAGCUCAACACCCGUCAAGUCCUUGCAUUCCACUACAUUCCUGCUCCCCAAACUGAUGCUGUUCUACCGGGAGGCUCUUGAAGGCGAGUCUGUUGAAGCCUUGGGUCACCGAAUCAAGCUCUUUCGCCUCAUUGGCCAGAGUCCGCUUAGCACUGCCGAUCAAGCCGCCUUGCGUGCAGCUGUGGUUGCAUACAAAAAGGGCGAUGAGCCUGCUGGCAAGUUAAUAACACAAGUCAAGCAGAUACUAACUCCACACGAUGGUGCCUCGCUCAUCACCCCGCUGCGACGAUGCCUUCUGACAUCGCUCGACGAGCGUCGCUUCGAUCAAGAACUGGGCCACUUGGACGACGGCAGGCUGGAACAAGCCAUCGAAUACGUGGCCAAGACCACUUUUAUCUCUAUUCCUAAGAAAGCAGGCGUCAAGCUUGGCUUGUCAAUUUCGGGUGGCGCUGACUCGCCGUUUCCAGACGAUGGCAUCUUGAUCCAGGACAUUGCCAGCGAUGGCCUGCUGGCGACGCACAAGCUGGUGCAAGUGGGUAUGCAAAUUUGUGCGGUAGAUGAUUUCAGUCUUCAUGGUGCUCACCACGGCGAAGCACUUGCGCUGUUGCGCGCCUGUGUUGCCAGCGAUCGGCCUGUGCUCAACAUGCGACUCUCGGCCGUGUCUGUGGCAGAGCUGCAGGCACCCACUGAGCGCUCGCUGCCCUUGGGUGGCGCAGACAAUGAGCUUCUGCAGGCCAUGGCCAGUGUCAGCACAGAUUUGUAAAUGCUUGACUAAUCCAAAAUUUGGUUGAAUUUUCAGUUGUUGCUGUUGUUGUUUUUAAAAAUUUUUUGCCUUCUUAUUCUUUAUCCUGUGUCACUUUCUUGACGUGAUGACAUUGUGUCUUCUUGAUUUUGGCCUGACACGGCCUUGACCGCCCUCGCUACGCGAGCGAUUCAUCGCCUCUCCCCUGCUCUUUUUAAUCAAUCGCGAUUAUUC